UGGGGCUCCGCGAAGUCGCAACUCGUGAUUGGCGAGCGCGCGUCCCUCGGGCUCUCGCGAUUGGUGGUUGGCAGGCUUGGCGGCGGUGAUUGGAUGGCAGCGGGAAGCAGGCCGCCCCCUGGCCCGGGCAUACUGGCGGAAGGGGAAGUGGGGGGUGGGAGGAGGCAGGCGGCGGUGGGAAGAUGGCGUACCAGAGCCUCCGCCUGGAGUACCUGCAGAUUCCACCGGUCAGCCGAGCGUACACCACCGCUUGCGUUCUCACCACCGCCGCUGUGCAGUUGGAGUUGAUCACACCUUUUCAGUUGUACUUCAAUCCUGAAUUAAUUUUUAAACACUUUCAAAUAUGGAGGUUAAUCACCAAUUUCUUAUUUUUUGGGCCAGUUGGAUUCAAUUUUUUAUUUAACAUGAUUUUUCUAUAUCGUUACUGUCGUAUGCUAGAAGAAGGUUCUUUCCGAGGUCGGACGGCAGACUUUGUAUUUAUGUUCCUUUUUGGUGGAUUCUUAAUGACUCUUUUUGGUUUAUUUGUGAGCUUAGUUUUUUUAGGUCAGGCCUUUACAAUAAUGCUGGUGUACGUGUGGAGCAGAAGGAACCCGUAUGUCCGCAUGAACUUUUUUGGCCUUCUCAACUUCCAGGCCCCCUUUCUGCCCUGGGUGCUCAUGGGGUUCUCCUUGUUGUUGGGGAAUUCAAUCAUUGUGGACCUCUUGGGUAUUGCAGUUGGACACAUAUAUUUUUUCUUGGAAGAUGUAUUUCCCAACCAGCCUGGUGGAAUAAGAAUUCUGAAAACACCGUCUAUUUUAGAGUUGCCUAUAGGUUUUAUGAAAGAUGUUGUCCAAAUUUAGAGAGGAGGACUAUUUUUGAUACUCCAGAUGAUGAUCCAAAUUACAAUCCACUACCUGAAGAUAGGCCAGGAGGCUUCGCCUGGGGUGAGGGCCAGCGCCUUGGAGGUUAAAGCAGCCACGUGCCAUUAAUGAGACCCAGCUGAGAAGGACUCAGUAAAAUACUCAUUGGGAUUAUUUUAUCCAUUGUUGCAAAAGUGUGGACACUUUUGUCAGCUCAACAGAUUUUAACUCCAGAAGCACUUUAUGAAAUGGUACACUGACUAUUCCAGAAGACAUUUCCAGCAGUUUACCAGUGGUUCCUUACUAUACUGGUACUGAAAGUGUAAUCUCUUGGAGCCAAAAAAACUGGAGAAACAGAUUGCCUGCUGUCUCUAACAAGUACAUGAGUACUUGAAUUUGAUGGCGUAAGGCAGGGCUUUUUCUUCCUCUUCUUUGACAGAUGAGGCCAUGGUGUAAAUGGAAGUUUCGGAGAGGAUAAAAUAAAACUAAUUCCAUCUCUCUCUCACUGUA